GGGUUUUACGAUUUCAUUCGAGUUGCCCAAGUGCCCGCCGUUUUACUGGCUCUCUCAUCCUUGGCACAGACUGCGCAUGCGCGAUCAUUCAGCAAAGUUCUGUCUCAGAAAGACGCUAGUGCUCCGGAGCGCCGUCACCAGUCAUGACUGAACAAAGAAGCGGUGGGCAAACGCCUCCCGCGUUUGCCUUCAUCGAAGAAGCAACCCCGGGUACAAGCCGUGAAGGCGGCGAGGGAGCCUCAGGCACUUGCGACGAUAUCCCUGCGUAUAUUGACGAGUACAUCAAUGACGCGUUGAAGGCAUUGAAGCGCCAGACCAAUGCCACUGACGUCAAUGGUGCAGAUGCCACUGACAGCGGAAGCACCAACUACGCACCUGUUGUGUCCACCGCUAGUGCCGAUCACGCCUGGCCCAGAACGAGCCAAGCUGCCAUCGAGAAACUAUCGUCUACUACGAAAGACACCGUGAGCUGUUCUGACGACGCCUGGUGUUGCCAGCUGAACGCGCAGCACAGGCCGAUAGCUGACCAGACGUACAGCCUCGACGGUGCCUAUUCCAGCGCAAGCCCUAGUCACCUGCACCUGGGGCCCACAGGCAGCAUCCAUCACAAAAAGCCCAGCACAGGCCACGCUGGAAUGGUGGAGGCACCAGCAAGUUUACAAUACGGAGCCAGAAAUCCGCAGACGACGCGGGUUCACCAAAGCAACACACAGUACUACCCGACUGCAGCCACAUCCACCAUCCAGGGGUAUGCACACAACAGAGAAACCGGAAGCACCAGUUUCACACAUCCAGUCUACAGCAGCAGCGGCGGUGGCAAAUACGCAGUGGCCAGUACAAGUCACACGGGCACGGAGGAAGCAUCGGGAAUUCUGGGAAAUGAUGCUAGAAUUCCGAACGUCACCGGCGCUGAGCCAUGGAGUACGCAGUACUACACGGCUCGUGGCACUACAGUCCCCGGCCAUACACAUGUCACUGAAAGCGGAAUCACCAGUUCCCUACAUAUGGUGUCCAGCAGCAGCGUCAAUCACACACAGCCCAGUACAAGCCACGCUGGAAUGGAGGAGGCAUCGGCCAUUCCGGAAAACUUCGCUAGAAUUCCUGACGCCACGGGCGCUGAGCCAUGGGGUACGCACUACUACGCGGCUAGUGGCACAACUACAGUCUACGAUGUCUCGCGCAGUCGUACCACUACUUGCCUGCCCCUGGGGCGCACCAGCAGCAUCGAUCACACACUGCCCAGCACAAGCUGCGCUGGCAUGAUGGAAGCAUCAGCAAGUUUACAAUACGACGCCAGCUUGCAGUAUAUUGCCUACGAGCAACAUGCCUGUGUGCCUGAAGCACUCCGGAUGGAAACUUUUCCGCAAAUGGACUUGCCCACCGCUAACGAAGCCAUCACGUCAAAGAAGUCGUGGAGCUCUCAGCGCGCGGCGCACUCAGCAAUGUUCGCUGAUCACUUUCAAGGGCAUACAAACAGUACUGGAAGCGGAAGCACCGGUUUCACACUGCCGGUCUACAGCAGCGGCGGUGGCAGCGAUGAUUCAGUGGCAAGCACAAGCCACGUGGGCAUGCAGGAAGCAUCGGGCAUGUCGGGAAAGGAAACUAGGAAUGCUACUGAAGCCGGAGGAAGAGAGCAGCAAGUGUCCUGCGAUGCCAGUAGGAAGGUUUCCAGCAGACGGGAUGCCUCACACGGGCAGCCCAACGAACGUACGGGAGGCACAGCGCCCAUGCUCAGAGCACGCGAUCAAUCGCCUGUCAACAAGCCGAACCACAAAUGCGAAACAUGCGGUAAAUUGCUAAGUAGCGCUGCUGCUCUAACUGCACAUCACCGCACGCACACAGGAGAAAGACCUUACAAAUGCCGAAUAUGUCAUAAAUCGUUCGCGAACAGGGGCAGUUUCUAUACGCAUCAACUGAUUCACACAGGAUUGAAACCCCAUAUCUGCCAAAAUUGUACUAGACCAUUCAAAAGGAAAGCGGACCUUAAAACUCAUCUUAUGUCGCACAGUGACGACAGACCUUUUAUUUGCGACAUAUGUAAUCAGUCAUUUAAGUAUAACUCAUCUUUGAGCAGACACCGCAAAAGAAUUCACGAGGGUAAAUAGCCAUACGAGUCCUAGCAGUGUGGAUUUCGGUUCGCAAUGAAAGAAAACCUACACGCCCACCUCUGCAAGAAUAUUUGGUUUCGAAUUGCGUGGAGAUUCGUUUAGAUGUGCAGCUCAACUGGUUGCAGAUCACGUGACGCAUACGGGUGGGCAGUCGUAACAGUGUGACUAGUGCACAAGGGAAGUAGAUCGCCCACGUGUUUUGCAUAGGAACGUGACCGGGAAGCCGUGCAGGAAAAUCACGCUGGCAUUCUCCCACACUGAUGAGAAACUAACUGACCGCAUCGUGGCGACUGGGGCUUCUUUUGGCGUUUAAAAUUGCAGAGUGAAAUGCAAGACGUAAAUGAUGCCACUGUAUUUUUCUAAAUUACGUGACAGAACGUCAUCUCCACCAUAAUUUGGCAUGCUUCCAUGUCGAUCUAUACUGCAGAUCCUGGGUAGAGCUCACUGUUUGCAAAACUAUGUUGUUAUCGCUAACAUAACUUUAGCAAACUCAUUUCUAGACAAACCAUAAUGGGCUGCAGCUUUGUGUUUGCGUAAAUAGAAGGUUGAAUGUUUGUCCAGGAUCCUUGAAACCUCGUUCAGUUUUCUGCAAGCGUUUUGACAGUGUACUAGUAAUUAAGGUUUAGCUACCCAUGCUUUAAGGAUUCUGCAGUUUGAAUAGAAGGAGUACUUCACAUGAGGAACCCAUUCAAAAAGGAGGCACUUCGUUGUUGUCAACUCAAAACUAAUCUCUAAUAACUGAAGCCCUUCGACCUUGCUGUCUUUCUGGGACAGCUUUUAAGAUAUAUGGACACAGCCAUGGGAAAAUUUGUUUAGUUUACAAAUUAUUCAAUGCGGGUAAUGUUUCUAUUUUCUCUUUCGCUCUUCUAUGCUUACCGAAAAUUUUAUUCCUUAUCAUUCUGAUUACAACAGGGAGACUUUAUUCGACUAAAAUAAUUUGGAACUUAAUCAUAUAUUUUCUUCAAGAGCGAAUAUUUUAUGUAUUGUGGUAUUCAGGUGUAACCUCCAUCCCUUUUAAUAUGCAGUUUCUUAUUCACUCCGAGGUCAUCUCUUUUGACUUGCCCUGCGCUCUAACGACAGCAGUGGAAUUUUUUAGCCUGAUCUGACAAACGUGACCCUGCGAGCAAUGAUAGGACAACUCAGAUAGUUUUUAGUUCUUAUUACUGACCCACGUACUUCUAUAUCUUUUUCCAAUGUACGCGACUCACCGAAUAACAAAGGUUAAGUUACAGCUCAGGGUAUGAGACACCAGCGUGUAUCAGAACAUUCUGCAAUAGUGGAGCGUUUUGUAAUCAAAUUGCAGGCGUAAGGCGAAUACAGUUGUGCAUUCUGGAAGAAACGCGAGCGCCAAUGAUAAGGCUGGAAUCUAUUACGAAAAAAAGUGCGAAUAGCCGAUACUUCUUACUCGCAAAUCAUUUGUUCAACGAUCGACUCAUGUGCCCGGGACUAUCGUUCUGCCCGACUGUAACUUGUUUUGUUGGUUCAGAGGUACGCCCAAUAAAGAUUCUUUCAUGACUCA